AUGUUGAAACGAUCAUCUCUAAUAUAUCUAUCAUGUGUCCUAAUCAUUACCAUACCAAUACUUUUGCAUGUAUACAAUGGUCCAGGACUGUCCCAUGAAGCCAAUGAACAUAGGGCUUCUCACAAGCAAAAAAGAACGUUAGCAAAUCCGGAUAAACCCAAAAGCGAAAACGAUGAAGAUCUAUUUUGUGCGGUAACCAACCCAGUCACCGGAUCAUACAUAGAUCUAUCACAGCUAUCUUCAACUCCCAACAAAUUAAGGGAGGGCCAAAAACAGAUUUCUGGCAAUAACAAGCAUGAAUCCUCCAAGACGAAGUGGUCAGUGAGAGGUUGGGGCUACGAUACAAACUUCACGUUAGGCAUCUGCUCUAGUCCUGUCGGAGAAGCUGAGUCGCAACAACUGUCCAAUCUAACGGGCGCUUUUUACGUAGACCAGUUGAACGAAAAUAAUUUAGUAUCGAUUGGAGACUUCAGUACAAGGCCUGCGUUAGUCGGCGGCUCUACUGCCAAGAAAUUAACUCUCAAAUACGAAAACGGCUCUAUGUGCCCGAACGGGAAGGACAAGAAGGCAACUUUAUUGAAUUUUGUCUGCGAUAAAGAAAUUCAAUCAAAGGCCCAGAUAUCAUACAUUGGAAACCUACACAAUUGCUCGUAUUUCUUCGAAGUCCGCAGCAUUCAUGCGUGCCCCACCUCAAACAAAAAGAAUGAAGUUAACGUUUUGGGUAUCUUCAUCGGUAUCUUCGCUAUAUUCUUUUUAGUCGAAUUUGCGGGGAGAAGAUGGAUCUAUGCUAAACUAAAUAGGCAUUUGAAAAACGACGACGAGUUACACGACAUAUCGCCAUCUUUAAAUGAGCAACCACACUGGGACCUCAUAGAGGACGGGUCUCGCUGGAGUAAAUUUUUCAACGGGAUAAUUAAGACGACAAGAAGGUUCACGAAAUCUUUAAUGAGGUCUUUAGUCAGAGGCAGGAACAGCCGUCAAGGGGGCAUAAGACUACGGUCAUCCCCAUCUGCCUCUUCGUCCAGCCUUGCCAACAGGGAGUUCUUCAGAGACAUGGAGGCUCAAAACGAAAUUAUUGACAGCCUAGACAUCAAUAGUCAUACAACAGAAAGCGACCACCCAACUUUGGCUGAUAAUAGCGUAUAA